AUGGUUGUAGCAUUGCGUUUUUUUGCAUUGCUCCUGUGGUUCUUCGGCGUGGUACCGUUUUUUUGCGCGGGAAUGGAGAUUAUCCAACUGCCUUCUAACAUUGUAUCGCGAAUGAAUGGAGAAUGGGGUAUUGAGGUGCAGACCCCAUGCGAUCCGUACAUUCUCACUGGUACUGUUUCACUUGAGAAUGGUACUAUUGAGCCGGACUGGGCGCUGGCGCUUCGUAUGACGAGUGCGCCGGCAGAGUCGUGGCUGAUGGAUGCGAGUGGUCUUCGCGCCUUCGCCCCCGUUGGACGGGGACGGGGGACGGUUUCUCUCUCGUACGCUAUUUGUGGUGAGCAGAGAAACACCAUCCCCACACCUGAUCGUCCUGGAUUUGAGAAAAAAAUGGAGACAACGGAACUUACCGAGUAUGUCGGAGUCUUAUCAAACGGGGAGGAUGAUACAAAGACAUGCGAUUCAGCGGCGCCUAACGUAAUCAUUCACACACUCGGGAGUGAUAUUCAAGGUUUAAAGGAGACCCACUGGAAGGUGAAGGAGUCAUUACAGUACAUUGAAUUUAAAUUUAAUGCUGAAGAAUUAACAAGCCAUUGCGUGGAUAAGACAGGAAAAGAACGUACAGAGACAAAAAAUGUUGCUAGGGAGGGUAGGGGAAGAAAGCGACGUGCAAAUAUUCUUGCAGGGGAUAGUGGUACAUUGGAGGGUUUCAUUGAUCAAAACGUACGAGAAGGCGCAAUUAUCAUCAGGUUUGUGCGUCGGUCACUUCCUGCCAAGUCAUUUUACGAACGCUAUUUCACUUCCCUUCUCUUUGGUGGCAUUAUGAUUGCUUACCGUGUUCUACAGGGUUUUAUUUCAUAUUGGACUAUCAAAUAUUAG